CGCGGCGUAGCGCCAUUCCAAUGCACUGCAGCCAUCCCGGCCGGAGCGGCCGCCCGCCGUGCCAGCGCCUACCAGCGCGGUCCUUCCUUUCUUUCCUUGACUUGAGUCUUCAGUUGCCGCCUCUCGCUCGCGGGCCACGGACGCGGCACGCGGCGUGGAGCCGCGCGUUCUUGUUGUCCUCCUCGGGGAGCGCUCGCGUCGCGUCGCACCAUCAGCGGUGACAGCCAGCCGGCCGACGGCCAAGUGACACUGCACUGCGAACCGUGCGUGUCCCGACCGGACAAGUUUUCGCGGGUGAAAGUGACAGUGGCCAACACCGUGGUGCGUUCCCGGAUAAAGGAUUAGAGUGGAUUACCUCCCCGUCAAGCUCGGGCAUGCCGACGCAGCGUUGAAGACAUUCCAUUGAGACCACCAUGAUCUUGAGAGCGCGCUGCUAGCGACAAACGGAGUGCCAUGGGGAGCACGCGCUGCCGCCACUUCGUGCAGAACGCGUGGAAGAAGGACCUCUGCUCGAACUGCUUCAAGGGGCGGGACGAGCAUGCCGCCCCGGUGCGCCUCGUCCCGCGCACCAUCGUGCCGCCGCCCGCGCCCACGCAGGGCAUCCUCAAGGGGCAGAAGUGGACGCGCAGCAAGACGCACCGCGUCUACUUCCCCGCCGAGGAGUGCGAGGUGAUCGGCGAGGGCGGCGAGGACGCGGGGCCGCCGUCGGACGACGACAGCGACGACCAGGAUGACGCCGACUGGGGCAAGCCCGUCGUGGAGGACGACCCCCAGGAGCAGGAGCAGGCGCGGCUGUUGCAGGCGCUCACGCGCUCCAACACGGACUUCAACUCGGUCGCCGCCAACCUGGAGGGCACCGCGCCGUCCCCGCCCGCCGCCGCCAAGACGUCCUCGGGGUCCACGGCGUCCAGCAAGCAGCAGCGCGCACAGUCCGCCCUGCAGCUGGGCCGGCCGCAGACGGACGCCGAGGGCCGCAAGCAGACGCUGCUCGUGAGCGUGCAGCCCUUCGGCAAGCCCGCGGCCACGACCACCGCGCCGGCCUCGACGCCGGCAGCGGCGGUGUCCACUGCACCGGCGCCCGCCCAGCCCGAGCAUGUCACCAAGAUCCCCGUGGCGACGCCGCCCUCGUCCGCGGCGUGCAACGGCGUCGUGCUCAAGUCCAUCGUCCACACCGGCGAGGACGCCCCCUCCCCCUCCCCACCACCCGCCACCAAAGUGCCAUCCGGAGACGCGACGCCCGCAGCCGCCCCGACCCCCGACCCUGCCCCUGCCCGCCCUGCCCCCACUUUGCUCAAACUGAACGAUGCUCAAACCGGAAAGCACGCGGUCACCGCCUCAACGCCUGCGCCGCUCAGCUCCAAGCACAUGUUCCUCAAGUCCUUCGUGGAGCCGGCGGAGGCACCGACCGUCUGCGUCAGCGCUGCCACCAUCCAGGACAGCGCCGCCAAGACCACGGCCAGCUCGCCCUCCCCCACUGCCAGCCCCGCUCGGUCGUCCCCGGCCAGCGCGGUCAAGACCUCCCCAACCAAUCCAGUCAAGGCCACCCCCGCCAUCCCAGCCAAGACCACCCCGGCCAGCCCAGUCAAAACCACCCCGGCCACCAUCGUCAAGUCUUCCCCAACCAGCCAGAUCAAGACUGCACCGGCCAGCCCGGCCAAAACCUCUCCAGCGGCCAAGACCACCCCGACGAUGACCUCCACGACGACGGUGACGGGUGGCAGCACGGCGCGGCGCGAGGGCAAGCGCACCCACAUCACGAGGGGCACGCCCAUCUCCAAGAACAACGAGAUGCUGCUCAAGACCAAGUUCAUCCCGCUGAGGACCUCCACCAUCAUCAACAAUAACAACAACAAGAGGAACUCGGAGGACUCCAAGCUGCGCGGCGACCCCGUCAUGCUGAUCGAGGCCAAACAGCUGGACUCCUCUGACGAGGACGAGCGGCCCUACAGCAACGUGCAGGUGCAGUCGCACAAGAACUUGGAUGAUGCCCCCGGCGCGCAGACCAAGCGGUUGGCCUCGCUGCUGGCCCCUCUGGGGGUAGCCGACGUGUCGGUGGGGUCGCGAGAGCUGGCCGGGGAGCCGGACGGGCGCGCGGACCCGGACUCGUCGUCAGAGUCCGGCAGCGAGCCGCCCGCGCUGCCGCAGAGCCCGCCCCCCGCCGUGGACCCGCGCCCCUCGUUCCUGCACGGCCUGACGGCCCGCCUCGCCGCCAACAACAACGCGGCCACCAUCACGGCCUCGGCCACCGCGGGCAGCCCCGCCGCCGAGAAGCCGCGCGUGCCGUUCAAGUCCAGCACGGUCGUGCAGGCCGCCACCGCGCAGCAGCUGCACCAGCAGCGGUGGUCGCAGGUCAUCUCCACGCAGCCCAAGACAGUCACCGCCGUGGAACCGCCGCAGGUGGCGCUGGGCCACUCGGUGACGCUGGGCGCGCACUCGGGCCACUCCAUCGCCCAGGCGCUGGCGCAGGCCAACUCGUUCGUGUCCAUGUCCCCCAACGCGGGGCAGGGGCAGCCCCAGCCGUCGCCUCGCCGCGCGCUGUCCAUGUCCACGGACUCGUUGAGCGGGGGCCUCUCGCCCACCAAGCACCCCAUGAUGUACGACACGGAGCGCAAGAAGCCCGGCACCAAGGUCCGCUUCUCGCUGCGCAAGUUCCUGGGGUUGUCCAAGGACGGCGGCAGCCUCCGCGGCGACGGUGGCCCCGGCUCCGGCUUCGCGGACGGCGGCCUGUCCAGCCUGGGCAGCUCGCCCGACCCGCUGGCGCCCCCGCAGCCCCGGCCGCGGCCCCGCCUGGAGAUCAUCCACCCGUCCGACCUGAGCGGACGGGGCGUCGAGGUGCUCCGGGCGUCCGGCGUCGAGGCGCCGCUGCGCCGCAACUCGGACGCCGCGUCCGUCGUGGACGGCGCCGGGCUGUCGGCCGGCUCGGACUACUCGGGUGACAACGGCGUGAAAGGUCGGCCGACUAAACCCCCGCCACCACCGCGGUCGCAAUCCCUCGAGAACGACGUGACCGUCAGCCCCAGCAGGCCAAGCAGGCCGCCUCCGCCAAAGUCCGCGCACGUGGACCUGCUCAUGCGGAGGCACUCGCCGUCGGCCGCCCCUUCGCCCGCACCCAGCACCGCGCCGGGGCACUCCGUGUACGCCAACAUCGCCCCCGCCGCAGAAGCGCUGGCGCGCUCCAGCGUGGCCCCGACCAAGCCCCAGCGCACGGGCAGCGUGCGGGACGCGACGGGCGACAGCCCGCGGCGCACCCCCAGCGCCAACCCCGGCAGCGCCGGCAGCAACGCGGACCCCGUCAAGCAGGAAGCGGCGACGCGGUCCUGCAGCCUGUCGUCGCAGCCGGAGGACAGCGGCUACGAGUCGGUGGAGCUGAGUGACUCGACGCAGCCACAGUCCAUGACUGACAGCGAGAACGUGUACGAGUGCGUCAACAGCACCGGGGAGAGGUCCAGCUCCCCGGAGUGCGACUCGAAGAACUCCGGCGUGGCGGCCGGCGAGGGCGGCGUGGGCGUCGGCAUGGCGGGCACCACGCUGAGGGCGGGGAGCAGCAGCGGCGCCGCGGACAGGCCGACGUCCUCGUCGACGCACUACUGCGGCAGCGAGACCGAGUCCGACAUCUACUCGCCGUACAGCUUUUACGGCGGCAGCGACGAGGGAGACGAAGGCGAGGCCGACUCGGCCUGGAAGUGGCGCAGCCGGGCGCGGAAGGGGCGCAGCGUGGUGCACAAGAGCAUGGAGGACAACUACGACGCCGUCGUGGGCGCCAACCUGGAAGCCCUGGCGCAGCUGUUCGAGCAGAUUCGCACUGGCCCCACCGUGCCCUCGGCGCUGAGGCCCCUCAAGACGUCGUCCGCCCUCAACUGGUGCGACUUCUCCGUGACGCCGUCGACGCAGUCCCAGCCCGCGCCGGUGGUGGCGGGCCGCUGGGUGUUCCUGUCUGCGCAGUGGGACGGCCACCCCGUGACCGUGGGCGUGCUCCCCGACGGCAGCGCGGGCUGUGCCAAGGCGUGGCGUGGCGGCGGCAGGGGCGCCUUCCCCUUCGCGCUGAUGCCCAUCACCGAGUUCUGCGACCGCGUGCCCGCCUCCUGCCUGCCGGCCGCGGCCGCGCGCACCUCCGGCACUCAGCUGGAAGCGCUCGUCGCCGUGCUGGCUAGGGCUCGCGUCGACACUCUGGCGUCGUACGGCUCCUGGCUGCGGGCUGGGACCGGGGCGGUGGACUCCGACGAGGACGCGGCCUGGCGCGAGGCGGGGCUGGCGCUGCUGCAGCUGCUGAACGCGCUGCUGGCGCUGCAGGCCCUGCGCCAGGACCAGGCCGUGCACCCCGACAGCGUGGUGUUCCUCCGGGACCCGGGGCAGGCCGCGGCGCAGAGCCACGACGAGCACCACGACAGCACGCCGCAGCUGGCACUCCUGCACGGCAUGGGCACCACGGCAUCCACGGACGCCGACGUUACCCGGUCACUGUGCGCGUGCGCCUUGGCGGGUGUCCGCGCGCUGCUGCCGGGCGCUCCGCCCUCGCCACUGCUGUGCUCGCUGCUCGAGGCCAAGGUGUCCGAGGACGAGGCCGAGCCGUCGGCGGCGUCCGAGGCCGAGCAGGGCGGGCUGUCCCGCGCCAAGGCCGUGCUGGAGUACUGGCUGUGGGGGCCGGCCGAGGCCGUGUCCUCGCUGGCCGCCCUGCAGCGCUGGCUGGACCUGGAGCGCGCCACGGUGCUGCACAGGUUGGUGUGCGCGCGCGCCGCGGCGGGGCCGCACCACCGCCUGGCCAUCCAGCAGCAGAGCCACCUGCUGUUCCUGGUGCACACCUCGGCGGCCACCAUGUGCGACGCGUCGCGCCUGCUGGAGUCGGCGCGCGUGUCCCCGCUCGAGACCACGACCUGAAGGGCCUGGAGUGGCAAGCGUCAUCGCCUGGAGGCUGCCAACGUUCACCCUGCCCGAUGAACGCCACUAGAAGCCACAACAGACUGCGGACCCUUAAGAUGUGAGUCGAACCCGUGAUUGUGUUGUCAUCGUAAUGUGCAAACUACCGUCCGCUACCGUCCCUCGUUGUAUCUGCAUCAGCGUGUAAUUUUCCGUUUGUAUGUUUGGCAAAAUGCCCGUAAUUUUCUCAUUGACAAGACAAAGUACUGAAUCGUCGAAGAACACACAUGACUACUUGACUGCCAGGUUUUGUGCUCGGCCUAGUUUCGAACACACGGUAACAUGGAACUUCUCGUUGGUGUCUUGACAAAAUGCAACUGUGUGUUUUUCCUUUAGAACAAAAACAGGGUAUAUAGAAAUAUUUGAAAGACCUCACCAUAUGCGUAUGCAGUCAACAGAAUUAAAUAUAGUAAGAUUAAUAUCCUAGACUAAAGUUGUGUAUGCCCAGUGUUUAUUAUGCGAUGUUGGAAUGUUACUGAUUCUUUAAAUGUGACUUGUUUAUUUAUUAUUUUGAACAUAUUGUGUAACAAUGUCCGUAUGUGGGAACGGCAUGUGAUGAUCUUUAAAGUAAUUGUUGCUGAAUGAAAGGGGUGUACUAUGAGUUUAGUAUGUUAUAACAAUCUCAAUGUCCCUCCCCUCCCCUAUUUUAUUCCCUGUUUGUAUAUUGUCUCCCUUUUCUUAUAAAUAAAUCAUGAUGAAAUCUCA